CCCGACCGUCGGCGAUCCAGCUGGUGCCUGUGAAGUCACCAUGAUGUGGUCCCCAUCAGCUACCCUCUCCCUGUUCCUGCUGCUGUUGCUGCUAGGCCAUGUCCCUCCCAGCAGACUACAGUCACUGGGCACCAAGAAGCUCCGGCUGGUGGGCCCAGGAAGCAAACCAGAGGAGGGCCGCCUGGAGGUGCUGCACCAGGGCCAGUGGGGCACUGUGUGUGAUGAUGACUUCGCUCUCCAGGAGGCCACAGUGGCCUGCCGCCAACUGGGCUUUCAGUCUGCCUUGACCUGGGCCCACAGUGCCAAGUAUGGCCAAGGGGAGGGACCCAUCUGGCUGGACAAUGUGCGCUGUGUGGGUACUGAAAGCACCCUGGACCAGUGUGGAUCUAACGGCUGGGGUGUCAGUGACUGCAGUCACUCAGAAGAUGUUGGGGUGGUGUGCCACCCCCAGCGCCAGAGUGGCUACCUCUCUGAGAAAGUCUCCAAUGCUCUAGGGCCCCAGGGCCAGCGGCUGGACGAGGUACGCCUCAAGCCCAUCCUUGCCAGCACCAAGCGGCACAGCCCAGUGACUGAGGGGGCUGUGGAGGUGCGGUAUGAGGGUCACUGGCGGCAGGUAUGUGACCAAGGCUGGACCAUGAACAACAGCAGAGUGGUGUGCGGGAUGCUGGGAUUCCCCAGCCAAGUGCCUGCCAACAGCCAUUACUACAGGAAAGUCUGGAAUUUGAAGAUGAAGGAUCCCAAAUCUAGGCUGAACAGCCUGGCCAGUAAGAAUUCCUUCUGGAUCUACCGAGUCAACUGUCUGGGGACAGAACCCCACCUAGCCAACUGCCAGGUACAGGUGGCUCCAGGACGGGGCAAACUGCAGCCGGCCUGCCCAGGUGGCAUGCACGCUGUGGUCAGCUGUGUGCCAGGGCCUAACUUUCACCCACUGAAGACGAAGCCCCAGCGAAAGGCGUCCCGGUCAGAGCAGGAACUAAAGGUGCGCCUGCGCUCUGGCGCCCAGGUGGGCGAGGGCCGUGUGGAAGUGCUCGUGAACCGCCAGUGGGGCACAGUCUGUGACCACGGAUGGAACCUCAUCUCCGCCAGCGUUGUAUGUCGUCAGCUUGGCUUUGGCUCUGCACGGGAGGCCCUUUUUGGGGCCCAGCUGGGCCAAGGGCUAGGGCCCAUUCACCUGAGUGAGGUGCGCUGCAGGGGGUAUGAACGGAUCCUCAGUGACUGUCUCGCCCUGGAGGGGUCCCAGAAUGGUUGUCAACAUGGGAAUGAUGCUGCUGUCAGAUGCAAUAUUCCUGACAUGGGCUUCCAGAAUCAGGUGCGCUUGGCUGGUGGGCGUAGCCCUGAGGAGGGUGUGGUGGAAGUACAGGUGGAGGUGAACGGGGUUCUACACUGGGGGACCGUGUGCAGUGACCACUGGGGACUCACGGAAGCCAUGGUGGCCUGCCGACAACUCGGCCUGGGUUUUGCCAACUUUGCCAUCAAGGACACCUGGUACUGGCAGGGGACACCGGAGGCCAGAGAAGUUGUGAUGAGUGGGGUGCGCUGCUCAGGCACAGAGCUGGCCCUGCAGCAGUGUCAGAGGCACGGACCUGUGCACUGCUCCCACGGUACUGGGCGCUUUUCAGCUGGAGUAGCCUGCAUGAACAGUGCUCCAGACCUAGUGAUGAAUGCCCAGCUGGUACAGGAGACAGCCUACCUGGAGGACCGCCCACUCAGCCUGCUGUACUGUGCCCAUGAGGAGAAAUGCCUCUCUGAAUCCGCCGACCACAUGGACUGGCCCUAUGGACACCGGCGUCUGUUGCGCUUCUCCUCACAGAUCUACAACCUGGGCAGAGCUGACUUCCGUCCCAAGACUGGACGCCACAGCUGGAUUUGGCACCAGUGCCACAGGCAUUACCACAGCAUUGAGGUCUUCACCCACUAUGAUCUGCUCACAAUCAAUGGCUCCAAGGUGGCAGAGGGGCACAAGGCCAGCUUCUGUCUAGAAGACACAAACUGCCCCACAGGACUGCAACGGCGCUAUGCAUGUGCCAACUUCGGGGAACAGGGAGUGACUGUAGGCUGCUGGGAUACCUAUCGGCAUGACAUUGAUUGCCAGUGGGUGGAUAUCACAGAUGUGGGCCCUGGGGACUAUAUCUUCCAGGUAGUAGUGAACCCCACAAAUGAGGUGGCAGAGUCGGACUUCUCCAACAACAUGAUACGCUGUCGCUGCAAGUAUGACGGGCAGAGGGUCUGGCUGCACAACUGCCACACAGGAGAUUCCUAUCGAGCCAAUACAGAGCUCUCCCUGGAGCAGGAACAGCGACUCAGGAACAACCUCAUUUGAAGUCAUCCCUGCAUAUUCCCAGCUCUGCUCACACACCAGAUACCUCAACUUAUUGGAGCCAUGCCCUUCACAGAGCCCUGACUCAGAGGAAAAGGGGCCAGUGCCAAGGGGCACCAAGAACCUGCUCAGGAAGCCUUUUGAUGGCAAGAUCAUCAAGCCAGAUGGUACUGCUCCAUUAGGAUGGCUCUGGGCCUAUCCCCAGAGCACCUGUGGCCUACAGAAUAUGGCCUCC